GUAUUUUUGUUGUGUGAAAUAGCUCAUUAUUUUCUGGUUAUAUGUUGUGAUUAUGUCCCGCAAGUCUCUUUCCUCUGCUCAGGAAAUGAAUCAUGUAGUGUGCAGGCAGCCAUCAUGAUGAAACUGUAUUUAUCUCUUCUCUACAUUGGAGUUGUCCCACUGUGACUGUUCAACAUGAGUAAAUUAAAGUCAAUAGCGAGCAGGCGGUUCUUCUUCCUCAUUGGCACUCUGUACUUGUACCGCUGUGUCACUAUGUACAUCACCACCCUGCCUGUACCUGGCAUGCACAUGACUUGUGCUCCUAAGCUGCAUGGAGACUCCCAGGCAAAGUUCCAGCGAAUUCUGAGGCUGAUUUCAGGUGGAGGUCUGUCCAUUACAAACUCUCAUCUCAUGUGUGGAGAUUUUCUCUACAGUGGACACACUGUGAUGCUCACCCUCACUUAUCUGUUCAUUAAGGAAUAUUCGCCGCGGUCAUUUUGGUGGUACCAUCUGAUGUGUUGGCUGCUUAGUGCCGUAGGUGUGGUGUGCAUCCUGGUGGCACAUGAACACUACAGUGUGGAUGUGGUUGUGGCCUAUUUUAUCACCUCCCGACUAUUCUGGUGGUACCACACCAUGGCCAACUUACAGACUCUAAAAUGCUCACCAAACAACUACCUCACUAACACCUGGUGGAACCCUCUGUUCAACUUCCUGGAGAAGAACAUCCAAACCGCGGUGCCAUGCUCGUACAGCUGGCCCAUCACCUGGCCUCCUGCCUGCCUGAAGAACCCAUGUAAAAAGUACUCCAUGGUACAGAGCACACGAGAGGAGUGAGCGGACCCUGAUCCCCGAAGCAGUGUUGUUUGAUAAUCCCACUGAAGUGGUAU